CGGCAGUCGUCGCCGACGCGGCGCGCCUCGCUCCUCUUUGUUCCCUCGACUCCUUCGACCUCGAGUGAGAGCCGCUCUCGGGCCGCCAGUCGAUCGACGCGGACGCUCGUCGAUCGUUUGAAUCGCGCUCGCUCGCUCGCCGGAAAGACACGCGCCGCGCGGACGGACGGUUUACGCGGUCUUCGGUUGUCCUGGUGACGCGUUCCUGUGUCUUUCUCGUUCUCCUGUUGUGCUCGGGAUAGGAUGUGUUGUUUCGCUUCGGUGCGCGUGGGCGACAGAGAAGUUUAGAGAACGGGAAACGUAUAACAGAGUUCGAGGAGUCAUCGGGAGUUUGAUUCUGCACGAACUUUCGAGGUCCUUUGUGUUCGAUGAUUAAGAUCAAUGUGAUCGGUUCGGUGCGCAUGCUAGAGGAACGCCGAGUCGCGGAGUGCAAGGAAUCGAUCAAGGAUUUUCGAGUGAUUCGCGAAUGAUCGAUACAUUCCUUCGGAGUCUUUACUCGAUCACCAGUACACGGCAAGAAUACCACUAAAGAAUUGAGUGUUCAAAUAUAAACAGAGAGAGGACAACCUUGCCAAGGAUCUACCAGGACCAAUCGGAAGACGAUCGACCGCGCAGAACCUUCGAACCGCAAACAGUACCGAAAGGGUCGCUUCCUUGACACGAUCGAAACGGUUGCUAAAUCGAUCGGCACGAUAUUCAAAAACUCAAGAGUCCCAAGAACUGAAGAGAGCCUAAAGGACCUUCGGCAGAUUAACGAUACCUUGACUCGUGACUACGUAAUAAACACAGAAGAAAUAUAUGGACCUGUAACUAGUGCGUCAGUGGAGAAGUAGUUGUAACGGAGAAGAUAAAGUUAAAAGGAUCCGUUCGGUCGACGAGGGAAUUGGAGUUCUCUUGCGGAUUACGAGUAGAGGAAGACCCGUGCCACGGCGUCCAACGAAUUAACCGGGUCGACGUCUGCAGAAGGAAUAAAACGUGGCCGGAGUGCAGUGGCCGGCUGACUGAGGAUGUGCCCGGCCUGGUGAAGCAGCCCGGCCGAUGUCUUCCGGGCGACGCUCGCGUCACGACGGGCUGCGAGACGGAGCCACGUGAAUGCCGCACUCAACGGAACCUUCCUUCCCGCCGGGCGAAUUAUUCUGGACCGGCAUGGAGCCCGUGAAAGCCAAAAUGGCGCCCACAGGCAUGCCGCCGGUCACCGGUGUCCUGCAGCCUCCCGCGGGCUCGACGCUGGCGGGGUCCACUAUGUCCAGCCACAAGAAAAGCUGGUGGAGGAAAGUGGCCCCCUGCCUCGCCUUUCUCGCGGCUUUUUCCACCGCCAUGGCCUUGCUUCUCGUCUGGAGCGAAGCUGCGGCCUUGAGGAGACAGGCGUUCGACGCGAACAUGACCAGGGACUACGUGUUGAACAGCGUCUCGAUGGACAACCCGGAAUUGGUCGCGUACAUCAGGGAGGUUCAAUUGAAGCCGACCACCCAGCAAGACCCUCUGAACGCGACCCAGACCACGGAGGAGAAGUACGUGGCGGGUUUAACCGAGGGAAAACGCGAGGGCGUCUACGUCGAGUACAUUAGCAGGAUAGGAGCUGUUUCGAGCACCGGUUGGCUAGAACGGAAUCUUAGCUGGAGAGGUGUUCUCGUGCUGACUGAUCCCAGAAGUUUCUUCGAGGCUCACCGGAGCACUAGAAAUCCGAAGACUAGGGUCUUGCACGCUUGCCUUAGCACCGAUAAGGAUACCAAAGAGAUUACUUAUCACCAGGAGUCCGAAGUUCAAGUUACCAAACUAGGAGAAGGCCCUAAUAGCCUGGUGUCUUCGGACGAAGGUCUGCCGACGACAAGAUUGAAAUGUUUCCCUUUGUACAGCGUCUUAUUAGCUUACAGCGCCACAACUCUGGACUACCUGAGUUUGGACAGUCCUGAUGCUCAGGAUGGUCAAGUACUCGACACGAUUCCCUGGGAAACGACGAGAAUAUCCGUCCUCUCGAUCCGCUGGAGUCCUCACCACAGCGAGCUGGAGACGAAGACUCUGAUCGACAAGAUGACCAGUAGAAGAUACAAAUUAAUGUACACAACCGACACCGGGAAGCUGAUCUUCAUGUACAACGCGUUACUUAAGAUUUGAACGUUGACUCGGGCCGCCUGUAGACACUGGACGAUUCUACGUUCCCCAUGAAAUUCGAAAAGGACACGAUGUUUCGCCAAGAAAAUGGAAGAUCGUUCUGACAGGUGUGAUAUGUUUCGUUCAUCGACAAAACGUAAUUGUAACGGAUUUACGUAAUUUCGUUCUGGUCUUUGAAAGAAUCGUUCAUUGUCGAUCGAAUCUUCACUUUUCCAAUGGAAACACGUUCCCUCCCUCCGUGAUUGGAUCGUAGAAUCAGUCGAGUUUCUCACGAAUCGAGACAAGCAUUUCGUUUCCUUUUGCACGAGAGAGAUCGCGUUGAUCGUCGAUACAAAAUCAUUUUUAGUUUCCCCGUUGAUUCUUCCCUCGCGAACGAAUCGUGAAAUCAGUCAACUUCCUCGCGAAUCGAGACGAUUGUUUAUUUCCCUUUUCGACUCGAGCCAUUGCGUCGAUCGUUGCUAAAAAGUCGCUUUUAUUGGGUCACCCUAGAAGUAACGAGGAUCUUUGCAUCUCUUCUACUUUUGAAAACACUGGCAUCAACAAAACUGUUUCUAAUCUAAUUAUAAUCUACAAAUAGAUGACCUAUAGACAACAACAAAGAAUAGGAAACUAAAAAUAGUUUCAUUUAUCUUAAUUUCAGAAAAUAAAAGAAGCGUAGAAAAGCCUUGUUACUUACGGGAUGACCCAGUAGUCACGCAGCGACCCGAGACACGCGACAAACGACACGCGACACACGACGAAGACCGAGCGCCGUAACAAUGGCGUUCGUGAGUCCGCGCGCGGCGCGUCGGUCUCGAAUUACUUCGUUUCUCGCGCGAAACGAAAGCUUACACGCCGCUCGGAAGCGUAUUCCGGAAGAAUAGACGAAGACUAAGAGGAACGAACUCGACAGUUCAGUUUCGUUCUCGUAUUUUAGCGUAGGUUCGUUUUUUAUUCGGAUGUUUCAGCCAGUGUAGACGUUUCUUUUUACGAACGAUGUAUGUAUCUACCGUUAGGAGAUCACUCGAUGGUUAGUCAAGGAAUGGCGAGGCUCAUUGAUCGGUUUUCAUUCUUUUUCGUACAAUUUUCUGCUUUACAUUUUUCUGCUUUUGAUCGAAACUAUAAAACUGUAAACUGGGAAGACUCUUUUUGCCUCUGCGCCAUUCCGCUAGACAUCGAGUCAUCGCCCAACUGUACAUAUGUAGAUGUUUCUUAUUUUUUAUUUCGUCAAUUGAGCGACAGCUCCGUGGUUCGAUACAGAUAAACACAGUUCGUACGGGACGUUCUUCGCGGACACCGCUGUCGCAGUGAUAACAAGUUACUCUGAUUACCUACACCACGGGCCUUACUAGCACGUAAGUCGAUACUUAAGAUAAGGUAUUGUAGAAUUACGCGAACCGGCCGUUUGCGCUUCGAUUUUGUCAUUGACUCAACGACUCCACCUGUAAUCGUCACUUCAAUUUCUUUUCCCUCGACACUGGAACUACCGAGUAAUUCGAUUGACUUAUCUAUAAUUUCGCGUAGAAAUCGGAAAAGUACCUUUUUCAAGAUUCGAAAACGUCGUAGCUUCCAUAUGUAGAAGAUCCAAACGUAAAAUACACAUUCCGAGAUGGAUCAUUGUAGGUACUUCCAGCGUUAAUAUAUAGACUGUCCAAUAAACUCAUCGAAACGUUCUCGAUGGAAGGGAAAUUGAACAGUUGAAUUCUAAGAAAGCCAGUCUAUGCGUGAACGUGAAAAUUUGAUGAUUCUUGGUGGAGCCUACGCGCUAGGGAGCAUUAAGCUACAUUCUCGUUUGAACUACGCGAAGGACGUGCUCGAAACUUCUGCUCGAGAAGACGAACUCUUCGAGUUGGUUUCAAAAGACAUUGAUACCCUUGGGAAGAUGUUUCGAGCGCGUCCGCAGUGGUACGUUCAAGAGGCAGCGUAGCUUGGCAGGGGUUACUUUCUUCGAUAAAGUUCGUGGUUCGAGCUGACUGCCAUUUCUUCGCUUUUACGAUGAUGAUUAAGUAUCCUCCUACACGAUCUCUUUUAUUUUACUAAUUUUAAUCGGGUGAUCGUCCGUCAGUGAACAUUAAUUUAGGCUUUCAUUGAUUUUUCGUAGAUUCGUCAGCAUUCUUCAGUUCAUAGAUGCUUCGGUACUCUAAAGUUUACUUUCUCUCCUCCGAUUAACUUUGUCUUUCUUCCACUAAUUCCACGACUAAAUCACUGCCAGGUCGAGCUAGUCGUAAUACGUAAUCCAGGUCGUUAGCUGGAUUUAUUUUAGUACUUUCAGUCACCGAAGUGGCGGCUAUACAUCAGAACCCACAUCACUGUCCUCCGGAACUUUCUACCGAGUUCAUUAACUCGAUUCAUUUUAUUAAUUUCAGUUUCCGAAGAGUCUCCUAUAUAUCACUCUCUGCAUAAUAUCAUUAUAAUCUGUGCAUCUCCACCGAGCUCAUUAAUUCGUCCCCUUCUACUAGCUUCAGUAAUAUAGGUCCUCCUAUCCCCUAAACUGUCUAACCGUGAACUAGAAAUCAUUCUCAAGUUCAUCGAUUCGUCUUAGUUUAUUUUUCUGAGUUACUACAGUGGUUCCUAAGCAACCGAAGGAUCAUUAAGUUCGUUAAUCCAAUUUAUUUUACUAUUCUCACUUGCUGAAGAGGAUCACCCAAACAUUAUGCUCUCUGUAGAACGUCGUUGUCAUUGAAAAACGUCUCGACAUGAAUCGAGAACGUUCCUGUCCGCGAAAGUAACCUCUGAUUCGGUUGACGAACCUGUUUCCAGCGGUGAAUUCGAACUUUGUAAAAUUCGGCGUCGUACUCCGCGAUUCCGGUUCAGCGCGAUACUUAAUUAUGCUCUCCGUGGGAUGAAGUUCAUAGAGUUCAUCGGCCGUUUCGACGAGCACCGGAUCGAGCGGAUUUAUUCUCGAUCAACCGGCUCGUUAUUGCGCCUGUGAGAUCGCGUAGCGUUCGAAUGGAACAGUAAUUGUGUCUAAUUCGAUGGAUGACGACUUUAUCAGUUUCGUGCAGCGUUCGGAUAGACAAACGACGAAGCUCAAUACACAAUAAUUCCCAGUGUUUUCCGAUGAUCCGUUGAUAUCGUUCCUCGGAUCGAUAAUGAUUGCUGUAAUCGCUGAUUUCUAGUAUUCUACGUUUGAUAUUCGCGCGCGUCGGUGAUUACGAAGCGGCGAGUCACGUAUGUUUGAUUUUCGGACACUGCGAUCAGUAAUUUAGAAUAGUAUUUUACAGUGAAAAGAAUAUUUUAACAGGUUACAUCAAUCAGAAACGAAUGAUAAUUACAGUUUAAUUUCUUUUUUGAAUCUGUGACUCGAAUUACUUCGCUUUAGGAUCGCCGACGCGUAUGCUGUAACAUUCUUUCCCUUUGCCUCGAAACGUUUGUACGAUUCAUUUCGAGAGAACUGAACGGAUUCUUUUGGAGAACAAUAAAGGUAGAUAUUUUGGAUGAUUUUUGACCUCCUUGUCGAGUGUACCUAUGAUAGUAUUUCCUUUUCGUGGUCUAGUACGAGUGAGUGAGGACGUUAUAAGAACGUACAUCACAAAAAUCUACACCUUCAUAAUACUCUAUUAAUCCUUCGUUAGUCGAUUGCACAAUCUAUUCCCAUAAGAAAACCAUCGCUCCCAUACAAAAAUCUCCAACGAUCCCUGACAAGCGACAAUCGGAUCCCCUGAAAGAACAAUAAGAGAAUUAUUCCAGGAAAUUAGCUGUUCUCGAAGCACUCGUUAACCAAACACAAAUCCUCCUGCCGCGAUGAAAGGCGUUUACGUGGCAGCUUCCGCAAUAUCAAACACCGUUCCCAUUAAAAAGUCUUUUCCCUCCAUCCCCCAGCGCAUUCCUGCAAUUCAUCGCCGCGACCCUCCCUGAAAAUUGCGCAGGCUCCCUCCCUUUAUCUCUGAAAGAACACUUAACCCGCCCCGGAACUACUUUCGAAAUCAUCCCGAAUGUGUCGGGUCUCUCGGGGAAACAAUAAAGAAAAAGACUUUGAGAGAUUGCGCGUUGCAUCCGGGCUCACCUUCUCCUCUUCUUUAUCUUUCCGCGGCGCUUGUAUUCCAACUUUUUUCCUCACCUUUUCUCCGGUUAUCUUUUCUCCGACUCGCGUCCGAACUUUCUUUCCGUUCGUUCCCUCGGUUCCCCUCCCUCCUCCCCGUUCCACGGAGCGACGCGUCGUGUUUCUCCGAGCAACGCUCGGUUGAAACUUAAAUUAAAACUGCGCUGUAAUUCAUCGAUAAAAUAUGUCGGCCCUUUUUACCGGGAAUCCCCCGUGUUGCGCGUUCGCCGUGAAUUAUCGGCGCUUCGCGCGAACCGUGCCGCUUUCUGAACGGGCCCUCGCGCAUUUUUAUGAACCGAGAAUUUUUUAUUCCGCCGUGGCACCGAGGGGGAGAAAUUCUGGCGAGUCCGAGCAAAAAGUCAACGGAGAUGGAUAGGGGCGGGGAACGCGCGGCUGAUAACGCCGGGAACGUUUCUCACUGUCCGGUUCUUUUUGGCAAUCAUUUGACGCGUCGGUCUUUUGGCUCGUUGGAUCAGGAAACGUCGCUUCUCUCAGAUUUCUAAUGGUCUUUCGUUUAUUCAUCGCUGACGGGUCGAGGGAGGACUUUGAAAUCGAUUCUUUUCAGCGAUAGUAACUUCAAAUUGAAUUCUUUAACCCCUUGUAUUAUUUACUCUUGCUACUAAGCUCGUGCAGAAUGUUUCUAUCAGCACUUUGGAAAAAACGCAAAGAAAUUCUCCACUGCGCUCUAUGUACAAAUUCUCUUUCAAGAUAAUAUAUUGAUAAUAACAAAACAGUUGUUUGCUUUGAUCCAUGCGCAUUGAACAAUAUUCAUGUUUAUUGAACUAAUCUCGAAAUCUUCAUCCGAGUCUCACUCGUCAUUGUACUUAAAGGGAAAGUAAUUUUACAUUAUAAAGUUUGCGUUUUUUGAUAUGGAAUAUACGAAUAACAAUGAAUGAAUUAACUACAGGAAUUUGGUAUAGCACUCAGUGUGUCGUAUAUUGUGGCAUUGAUGCUGUAAGGGUUGAAACGUUUUAGAAUUGGCUAUCCGAAGACAGUGAUUUGUUGAACCGGGAAAUUGAAAUGUAUUUGAUUUCGUCUAUCAUCCCUUGUCAUGGUUCUACAAUGUUUUUGUUCACGAUCUACAAACGAAAAACGCGCGCGGAACGGAACCCCUGGGGCUGGCCAAUAUUUUCUGGGACCGUGGACCUCCUGUGUCGAAUUUGUUUGCUUGCUGCGAAGCGAUCGGCCGUGUAAAUACGAGACUGAAUUAUAAAGUGCACUUUUUCUUU